CUACAUCACUAGUAGUCGACCGUCGUGCCCUCUCUAUCGGUGCGCGCGCACGCUGCCCAGCACUAUUUGUUUACACGCCGUAUCAACAAUAACAAGUUAUUGUUUAAAUAUUCUGUUUUUGUAAGAUAGUGUUAAUAGUGAAGUUAUGAGAUUCAGUUGUCAAUAUGGAUGUUAAAUAUAACGAGCCACGUGACACAAGCACGACCAGCCUGCACGGGCUAUACACAGACUUCGACGGAUGGGUGACCAGGUUUACCGCGCAGCAUUAUAAGAAAUCAACAUGUCUCUCUCAAGAAACAAGUACGAUGGAUCUAAUAAAUACCGCUCACCAAAACGACGCCAUCAUUGAAAAAGAUUACGUAUUCAGAAACUUGCUGGCGAGGCACAGGCACACUCAACAUACAGCCAGAAAGCCGUGGUUUGGCCUUUGUAAAGACCACGAAGGUUUUAUUUUCUACGAUCACGUAUUUUAUGGACUUUUAAAUAAAAAUGGCGACAGGCGGAUAGUUUAUCAAAUAAUUCGAUCGAAAUUAUAAUACUUUUGGAAGUCUGGACACAACAUUGCCUAGACAGGUUCCGUUUUUAAAAAAAGCUAAUGCUAUUGAAUCGUUCCAAUGUUUUGAACUGACAAGUCAAAGUCACAUCACUUUUCGAAAAGGAAUGUCAUUCUCAUACAUUUGAUUAACUAUUAACUUAUUAGAUGACGAAUUUUCUAUUCGUUAAUAUCUGUUAAGUUACUUUGGUGAAUAACGCGAAGUCCUAGCAAAUAUGAUGAUUAUUAAAUCAAAAAUAUUUGUUUCUUGCCAUGAUGAAUUUAAAAAAUUAAAACAAAACCUUUGAUUUAUGUGAUAAUUAUUUUUAUGAAUAAUAGUUAAGAUAUUUUUUAUUAUGCCAAAAGGCUACAAAAGCCACUUAAAAUUCUGAAAUUAUAAGUACAAUCAUUAAAAUAUAAGUUUUUAUAAAACAUGUUUAAAACCAAGAAAAUGUAAGUACAUAUUUACUAGUAUAAUGAUGAAAUUGAAAUACAUGAAAUAAUAUUAUAUUCCACAAUUUUCACUUAACGCCAUCUAGUAUCAAACUAAGCAAAG